AUGGUUGUGGCUAUUGAUUUUCCUCUUGACUGUGAAAACCAACCCCGUUGUUUCGGCGCGAGUCCCAAAAAGAAGAUGUCGAAAAAGGAGCGAGCCCGUCUAGAGGCUGAACAAGCCGAACACCAACGGAUGGAACAGGAACGGGAACGACAGCGGAAAGUCGAGGAGGAAAAAAUGCGCAAGGUGCGGGAGAAGGAGGAAGCUGAACGCAAACAAGUUCAGGAGAUAGUUGCCAACAAACUGAGGAAAACCCAGCUGGAAGAGAGUUACAAAUAUUUUUCCUUAAUUACGGAUGAGGUGAAGCGUUUGCAUGGCCAAUUGAAGAAGGAUCGAGAAUGGCAUCAGUACAUGCGGUGCAACGGUUUGCCGAAUGCGUUUGACCCUGCGGAUCUGAGGAAAUAUUUACACAUCUGGUGCGAUAACAUGCGCUUAUAUAACGAACGGGAGCAGAACUGGCUGCUGUGCACCAACGAGCAGAGCAUAUUGACGCAAGACGGAACCGUUGCCAACAUGUCGCGCGAGAGCCUGAAGCAACAGCAACCGGAAAUCGGAAACGUUUAUGCAGCUAAAGCGAAGGAAGUUUUGGGGAUAUUGGAAGAGAUAGACGACGCACUGCACGACACGGAUAUGACACUGGCGAUGAUUGAUGAUUUACACGAGAUGAAAACCGAAUUCCGACGGGUGCUGUUGCGUUACAUCGACGAGUUUGCGUACAAAAUUCUGAGUAACAUCGAUCGUGACAUGGCACACAACGGGUUGCUCGAAGUAACCCAUAAGUACGAAUCGGAUGUGUUCAAAACGCAACUUUACGGGCUUCGGGAUAUGCCGACACCCCAGCUCAACCCAAAGGAAAAGGCCAAGGAGGACAGCAAGCACACUGAUAUUGACUUUCCCUUGCUCGGGUUUCAUCUGGUGCUGCCAGCAGCUGUAAAGUGCCAUCACUCAGCAAUAAGAGGUUUAUGGCUAAGUUAUGAUCAUUUCAGUGACUAUUGUCCGACCUACGACAUGCCAUAUCGUCAAGAUCAUCGAGCUGAUUUGCGAAUUAUUAGCCGAAUUGAAUGGAAGAAACGAAAGGAAAUCCUUAAAGCCGUUUACGAAGAGCCUCGUGAAAAGCGUCCGGACGAUUCCGAGGACGACGAAAGAUCGCACCAGUUUAUCGAUAUCGAUAAAAUUUACACCGAACACGCGGACGAACUGAUGAAGAAGGAACGCGCCAAGAAGGGUACGAAGGCGCUGAGUCUGGGUGAACAUGACGUGAAUAUGAGAAGCCAUCGCAUAAUAGCCGGAGUUUAUUGCAUCGAUUAUCUGGAGCAACCGAUACAGAGUGUAAAAAUUGGAAGGAAAUCAUUACUCCGAACUGUGCCCCAGCCGGGACAACUAACAAGAAAGAAAUUCUAUCAACCGUACCGACCGCCGCCAACUCCUCAGCCGGGUGUGCGGCGGCUGCCAGAGGAAAUCGAAGCCGAGAUCAAACAGAUGGAGGAAAACCUCGACAAGCUUACACUGGUAACACUGGAACUGCCGGAGAAUGUGUUCUGGUUCGAGCCACCGAUUGUGUGCCGCUGGGAGCUGAUGGAGGAAACGCUCGAGUCGGAACCUGGUUUUACCAAGUACCUGGAGAAACACAAACAAAUGGUGCAGGCCUCCAAGCAGCGCAAAGCGAAAGCAUCCCGGGACCGAAGGACGAAAUAUAUUGAAGAUUUCAACAUCCUCGAUAUUCCACCACACGUGCCACUCAGCUCCAUCGUGUCGGACUUCGUAGUACCGAAACUGCCGGAAAACUAUACGGUGAAAAUUAUCCCACAGGACGAUAAGAAAAAAAGCAAACGGCUGCUAAACGACGGGCGGAAAUCUCGCGAGAAGAAAAAGAAGCUCAAUAAAGUGCCAUCCAGUACGGCCAUAACCAAUAUCAUAUACGAAACAAAACUACCCUCCUAUCUAUUUCCGCCGGGUUGUGGUAGUAAGAUACUUAAAAUAUGGGACCGUAAAAGUAAACAACGCUAUCCGUCGCUACCGGAGGAAAGUGACGAUCCGGGUGAGUAUGAUGACUCCGACAAUGAGGGUGGGAAGGCCGUCAGCAGCAGCAGCAGCAACAGAAGGAAACAAUAUCUAUUUUCAAAGUUCAUGAAAGAUUUGGACGAACUAAUUGACAUCAAAACACCAAAGUUCGACUUCAAGAUUGAGGAAAUUGUCGCAAAUGUGGGAAAAGCCGAACACGGCAGACAUGCCAUUCAGUUGAUGCGAGCAGAGGAGAAAGCACGGGAACGGGAACGCAAAAAACCUGUGCCGAAGAGUAAAUUCGAUUCGGACGACGAAGCGGUGGACUACGGGGACAUCCUGGAGGUGGGUAAUUACGUGAUGGUGGACAAAGAGAGAGACUAUGUGGGCAAAUGGACAACCAGGGAUAUUCACGAUGUGAAAUUCAAUGAGGACAAAUUAACAAUACAGUUUCGGAUUGGGCGGUUGGGUGCAAUUGGAUUUGCCGCCAACCGAUACAGUAAUUUACCGUAUCAAACGUGGGAGCUGAAACCUGAUAUCAAAAAUCCGGGCAACGUGACAUUCAGCUUAACAGCGGCCGUUGUUAGUACGGAAAUCACUAUCACGGAGGUGGGAUUCCGGGUCAACUCCCUCCAGGGUGGACCGACACAGGCACUGCAGGACACCAUCGGACAGAUCAUGCCACUGCGGAAAAUGAUAAACACGCUACGGUUGGCCGCGGUGGAUCUCUUUCCCGAAGAUGACGCAUUCAACUAUUCCGAAGGGUCGUGCGAGAAGAAUCCUAUCAUGGAGUCCCAUCUGUACGACUGCAUGGGACUGCUGGCUGCAACCCACAACUUUGGUUCGUCCCGCUGGAAUUUACCGUCUGGGUGCCGGAUGUGCGUGCUGUUGAUGCGUGAAAUCGUCGAACAUCGACGCGUGCCGAAUCACUCCACACUGCUGGUCACUCCGUUGAAGGCAACCAUUGUGGAUUCUCUGGAGGUUUCACCCGUUUUCAACACCACCCCAGUCGAGAGCAUGGGACAUUACGCCGAUCUGUACCAUCUGGCACGGGAACAUUCGCAACCGUCGUCCAAGCUGAAACAGGAAAACAUGAGCCUCAUUCUAAGAGACAACGUCGUCCAGCUGUUGAAGUCGGUUCGUCCAUUAUGUUUUUCGUAACAGUAAAAAUAUGCCUAUGCUAUUAGUUUUAUUCUUCUUCUAGUAAGUAGGUUACAAAUCUAUCAAUCAAUGUGUAACUUUUCCAAAGUGUUUUCAUCCUGAAAGAAGAAUCAAUUUAACCAUUGUUAAUGAAAUUAUCUCCAGCCUGGUAAUAAGAUUCUCAGUCCGUCAUC